AUGACUAUCAGUGACGAGAUCGAUGUUUACAGAGAUGCAUACGAAAAUAGGAGCUUCCUUUCCACCAAAUUUCUUAUAUCUAUCUAUCCUACACUAUCUGAUGAUCUCUACCACAGCCUUAAGACUCCACAAAAGGGCCGCAAAGAAGGAGAAGGGGGGAGAUCGAAAUCAGUCGCUAGAUGGAAAAAGAAGGAAACCCCGCUUAAACAAAGUUCCUUUGUUUUUUUGUGGAGUUUCUGGUUCUGUUCAGUUCGAGGCGCUAUUCCACAACCUGUGUGGCAGAGUAAAGAAAGGCCGUAA